AUGUCGAUCUCUUCGGGUGAUUCAUUAGCCGGUGAUGCUGAUCAGGAUUUGCUACUAGAUGAGGAAGAAGAGCUAGACUUUUAUGCUAUUCUCAAUGUACCACGUGAUGCUCUUGCAGAAGAGAUAACAAAGUCUUAUCGAAGAAGGUGUCUCAUCUUUCAUCCUGAUCGCCACACAGAAGAAGACGACAAACGUGCUGCUGAAAAAGUUUUUGUACAGCUUCGGAGAGCUCAUGAAACUUUAAUGGAUCCAAAAAAACGUGCAAUCUAUGAUGAGCUUGGAGUCAAAGGUCUCGACGCUCAAGGCUGGGAAUUGGUCUCACGAUCCUCAAACCCAGAGAACAUAAAGAAGGAGUAUGAGUUUCUGCAACGUCUUCGAGAUAAUGAAAUCAUGCUCACACGGACUCAUCCAACAAGCUCAUUUGUGCUUAAGUCAUCAAUAGCUGGAAUGUUGCACGAAAAAGAGGAUGAUCGGUUCCCUCCGCAACUGCUGGGAAUGUCUAUUUCACAGAGCGUUGACUGCCCUCUCACAAACAACGAUCGCGUUGGAUUAAUCGGUCGUGUCAAAGCAGAGAAUGGCAGAGGUGGUGGAAGUGCAGCUGCUACUUGGAAAAGAAAUUUGGGGAAAUUCAAUCUGGAAAAUACUGUCUCCUUGUCUGCCGAUGCAAUUACAGGGCAAUGUCGUAUUUCGCGACCAAUUUUUCAACGUGCUGCUAUCAUAAUCCAGCCCGCACUUCAAUACAUGUAUAUGCAAGGAGUGACGAUGCCAACUUUACAAAUAAUUUAUUCAAUGCGUUUACGACUCCGAUGGCAAGGGUCGAUUAUACUCGCGUUAACUCCAAUUCAAUCAGCGAUCACAACAACAAUUGUACACACCGAGAACAAUCUACCGAAAGCAAUAGUGAAUUUGACAUUAGCGCCUGCUAAUCCCAAUAUGAGGGUUGUCUACAUUAAACGAGAUGCUCUUCGAGAUUCGUUUACAGAAUUUGCCUGUUCAUUUGGAAUGUUCGGAUUUUCUCCGUCGGUGAACCUCGAAAGGAAACUUUCUCGCUAUUCACGGAUUGGGUUGGGACUCAACUUUGCUUUCCCAUCUUGUUUGCUAAUUGCAAAGUUCAAAGUAAAGACGGGUCAUUCAAUUUUCGAAUGGCAUGUUGCAAUAUGUGAUGACAAAGAAGAAAUAGCUCGCUCAACCCUGUACGGUGUGAUUUUGCCUGUUGUGACUUUUCAGUUAUGCAAAGUAAUCUUUCGACCAAUCUGGGAACGAAUAGUUUCGGUGUUUGAUGAUCACACUCAAGAUCGAGAAAUCGACAUUGCCAAACAAGAAGAAAGCCAGCGAAUAAUCAGCUUGAUGAGGAACACUGCUGAGCGCAUCAAGCGAGAAGAAGAGUCCAAAAAUGGUGUUAUCAUUGUUGAAGGAAGAUAUGGAGCCUGUUCUCCUGAAUCCUCUAAUGCUUAUCCAGUGGCUGGUGAUCGCUCGAUCGACGUUACUGUACCACUACAGGCAAUGGUCAAUGACUCCCAGCUGCGCAUUCAUUCGUUGAAUAAAUCACAAAUGCCGGGUUUCUAUGAUCCAUGUCCCUGUGAUCCAAAAGUGCUUCAUAUUCGAUACCGGUUCCGUGGCGAGAUGCACGCUGUUACUGUCCCUGAUGAUAUGCCUGUCAUUCUACCAGUGAGAGCACACAAAGUCACCAUGUCAACAACA